AUGGCAGUUGAGGCCCCGUCGCCGGCCGCCUCGCAGUCCCAAUCGACGCGGGGCGGCCGAGGCGGCCGAGGCGGUCGAGGCCGUGGAAGGGGUCGUGGCGGAAGAGGUCGUGGUGGCGGCCGUGGUGGCAAAGCAAAGGUCGGAAUCGCCAAAGACAAAAACAACGGCAGCAGUUCCAUGCGUGGGAGAUUCAAGAAUCUCAAUGAUCCGCGGGCCCAAGGAGCCUACGAUCGUGGCCGGCACGUCAAGGACAACUACCACGCCCUCGUCGGCAUUGUCAAACCCGCCUUGGGAGAGCUGGCGAGAAGAACGAUUGAGUUCCUCAAGAGCCGUGCAGAUGCCCACAAGGACUAUGACGAAACUGCAAUCGUCGAAGCUGACCUGGACGAGAGACUGCGCAACGCAAACGCCGUCUCAGCGACACGCUAUGACUGGGACACGACGCUGGCCGAUCGAUCGCUGCAAAUGGAGCAGGCGACGAUUCGUGGCGAGUAUGAGAACCAAGUAGAGGAUCUGCGCGAAAGGUACUAUGAUGGAGUGCUGAACAGGCUUCGCACCCUCGAGGCCCUGCAUGACAAGGGUCUCCCGAUCGAUAUCCGUGAUGAGCGCUUCGAGUACAAGCUCGUCGAGGAUGAUGAUCUCGACGAGUUUGGCCUCUGCGAGGAGUACAAGGACGGCCAUCUCGUUCCCUUCCCGGCCAGGGUUGAGGGCACCAAGAAGUGGGAGCUUCGCCUGCAGUUGGAGCAGGAGCUGAGGAACGAAAAGGCCAACAAGGCGGCCGCACUCCGCGAGGCCAGAAGCAACAAGGGUGCCGACGCUGGAACUGCUAAGCGGAGGGCCCAGGAUCAGGUCGACAAUCAGCCCGCGCCCAAGAGGGCCACGCGUACAUCGGCGAGGCUGGCGGCGGCCAGCCUCUCCGAUGCCGCUCCGGCCAAGGGUCUGCUCGCUGCAGCUCAGGAGGCUGCCGGGGAGACCGAGGCACCCGAUGUGGAGGAUUCCACUCCCGGAACCCCCCAGCUGGAGAUCCCCCCCGAUGGCGAUUAUGCACCCAAAGGGACCGUCACCGACAAGGAUGCCUACGGCGUUUGCUCCGUCGAGUACAGGAGCGAUUUGAAGCAAAUCUUUCACCGGCGCUUCAUGGCUCCCAACAUCCAAGACUUUGAACCGCACGAGAUUGGUUUCCGGGAUUCCAAGAACGACAAGGAAAGGCAAGGCGAAAAAGUGUGGCCCAUGAACCCUUGGAGCGGUUCGCCAAACAGACCCUACGCAUUCAUCGACCAUAGAGUGGUCGACUAUGAUUCCUCAACUCUUGGACCGGAAGACUAUGACCAGAGGCUGGUCGAAAAACAUCGACUGCAUCCUUCGCUUGGCAUUUUCCUCCCAACCAGCCGCAACGAGCAGGAACCACCCUCGCCUUACGUCUUGCCGGGAAGACCGCUUCUUUUCGUCGGAAAGCCGUCCGGCCGCAUUUCCUUCUCCUCGCGCUCCUUCCUCGACACGACGAACCAGCGUAGCGCCGACGAGGCGCCGCUUAGAGCCCGCAUGCGUGCCCGACUGCGUCGGCUGUGCAGGAGGGAGGGCUAUGACGCCGAGGACAUGGCAGUGUCCGAUUUCAUUGCCUCUGGCGCCGAAAUUCGUGCCAAGUCUCUUGGAACCGCCAAGGAUGACCUCCACACACCCCAACUGUCUGAGCCGGGAAAACCUACGCCAGAGGAACCCGCGGAAGCUGCCGAGGAUGUCGUCACCGAACCUAGGGGAGAAGAUGCCAUAUCGGGCCUGGCCGUUCUGGCGUAUGCCACGGCCUAUGAGGAGGCCAAGGACGUCACUCGCAGCACCCCGACCACGAAGGCACCGCGGUAUGAUGCGAUUCGCGACAUCUACACCUCCAAACCGGAGCCUACUGCCGCGCCGGAUGAUGACCCGCUCAGGAUCAACGUGCUCGCCGAGGUCUGCCAUGUCGCACCGCGCCCGCUUGAUGCCGCCUACCACGAUGGCGAUGGAGAAGCUCCUGUGGUUCCCAAAGCGCCCUCCGCUCCCGCCGCUUCUGCUGCUCCUGCCGCUCCCGCCGCCCCCCCAACUCCAGCGCCCCCCACAGCGAUCGCCGCUCCCCCGGCUACCACGGCCACCACGGCCAUCAAGGCUACCACGGCCACCGCGGCUACCGCGGCUACCACGGCUACCACGGCCACCACGGCCACCGCGGCUACCACGGCCACCACGGCCACCACGGCCACCACGGCCACCGCAGCUACCAUGGCCACCACGGCCACCACGGCCACCACGGCCACCAUGGCCACCACGGCUACCACGGCCACCACGGCGGCCACCACGGCUCCCGCGACCCCCGCGACCCCCGCAGCCCCCAUCACUGCCCAUGGACACAAAGCGCCGGUCGACCAGCCGGCCGUCCACGAGCACUCAAUGCCGUACACGCCAGCCCAGCCAAGGGAGCCGAACCCUGUGUCCUCGGUUAGGAGCGUCAGUCUAACGGGCGCAGAGCCUCGUGGCCACCCUGUUCAACCGCAGAAUCCUAUCAUGCAACCUCUUUCACAGCCGAGGCCCUCCGAGUUCCAACCGCAGCUUCCUUCCCUUGGUCAUUCCAUGGCGAACCGAAACUCGUACUUCGGAACGCUUGGCUACACCCCUCAGGACCACCGCGAUGCUCAUUUUCAGUCGCCUCGCCCCGUGGAACAUGAUUAUCCUUCCAGAGGAGUGCCGUCGUACACGAGAGAAGCACCCGCGCCAGCCACGCCAUCGUACGGUAACCAGCUCUACUGGCCCCAGCAGGCCCAGGCUUCCGCCCUGGCAGCUGAUACGAUGAAGCAUCAGUACCCGCCACAUUCCGCCGCCGCAGGUGCCUCGCAUUCCAGAAACCCCUUUUCGCACAAUGCAAGCACGGAGCCGCUGCCCCCCCUGCGCCCCCCUCGUGGCCGCAACCACUCGAUGCCAGACGAAUCCAUGCACGAUGCAGGCAUGCGCUCCAAUCCACACAGGAGCAUGAGCGCUUAUUAUACCCCGGCGCCGGCUCGUGGCUUCAGAGGCUACCCAGAGUUGCAUCAUGCUACAUCCCUGCAGCCUCUUGGUUCGGCGAGGAUACUGCCCAACCCGCAAGGGUUCAUGGGAUCGUCUCCCUCUCAGCCAUUUGCCUCUCAGCACCAGCAGGUGCUGUCUCCCACCUUUGGCCAUGGGACUCCUAUCUCUGGCCACAUGUCUCGGCAGAGCCCACCCGGAACGCCCUUGGGAGUUCAGCAUCCCGAUGAUGCUGGAAACGCCAAGUACCGAAAACUGCAACCCGCGCCGGUGCCUGCCCAUCGGACUUGGCCCAACAAGCCGGAACUGAAGACGAUAUUUUACGACCACAAGGAGACUGGAUCUUCGGCGGCGCUGCCCAAUUCGGGACCGACGCAGAUCCGAGGCUGGAAUGUCAAUCAACCUCGAAAACGGAGCAAGCAAGAUCGAUCGGAUUCUGCCAAUGAUAGGGAUGACUCCAGAUAG